CACCGUCACGCAGCGGCGGGGGUGGGGCCUGCUUGCGGCCCAGGUGGUGCCCACAGUCCAGUGUAAGUUCCUUGGAGCGGCUUGGCGGCUGGGAAGAUGCUGGGCCCAAGUGGCCUCACCUUGGUCCUGGCCGUGGCUGUCCCCUGCGCCGUGGCGCAGCACGUGCCGCCGUGGACAGAAGAUUGCAGAAAAUCAACUUAUCCUCCUUCUGGACCAACCUAUAGAGGACCAGUUUCAUGGCACACCAUAAAUCUUGAUUUACCACCCUACAAACGAUGGCAUGAAUUAAUGGCUCACAAGGCACCAAUGGUAAAGAUUUUAAUGAAUUCCAUGAAGAAUUUAAUAAAUGCAUUUGUGCCAAGUGGAAAAAUAAUGCAGAUUGUGGAUCAAAAGUUGCCUGAUCUACUUGGCAACAUUCCUGGUCCUUAUGAAGAGGAAAUGAAGGGAAUUGCAGAUGUUACUGAAAUACCUUUAGGAGAGAUUAUUUCGUUCAACAUUUUUUAUGAACUUUUUACCAUGUGUACAUCAAUAAUAACUGAAGACAAAGAAGGUCAUCUACUACACGCAAGAAACAUGGAUUUUGGAAUAUUUCUUGGGUGGAAUAUAAAUAACAACACCUGGGUUGUAACAGAAGAACUAAAGCCUUUAACAGUGAAUUUGGACUUUCAAAGAAACAAUAAGACUGUUUUCAAGGCUACAAGCUUUGCUGGAUAUGUGGGCAUGUUAACAGGAUUUAAACCAGGACUAUUUAGUCUUACACUAAAUGAACGUUUCAGUAUAAAUGGCGGUUUUCUGGGUGUCCUAGAAUGGAUUUUGGGAAAGAAAGAUGCCGAAUGGAUAGGAUUUAUCACUAGAUCAGUUCUGGAAAAUAGCACAAGCUAUGAAGAAGCCAAGAAUAUACUGACGAAGACCAAGCUAAUGGCUCCAGCAUAUUUUAUCCUGGGAGGCAACCAGUCUGGAGAAGGUUGUGUGAUUACAAGAGAAAGAAAAGGGUCUUUGGAUGUAUAUGAACUAGAUCCUAAACACGACAGAUGGUAUGUGGUGCAAACCAAUUAUGACCGAUGGAAAAACACCUUGUUUAUUGAUGAUCGCAGAACACCUGCAAAGAUGUGUCUUAACCGCACAAAACAGGAGAAUCUCUCAUUUGCAACCAUGUAUGAUGUCCUGUCAACAAAACCUGUCCUUAACAAGUUGACUGUAUUCACGACCUUGAUUGACGUUACCAAAGGUCAAAUGGAAAGUCACCUGCGGGAUUGUCCAGACCCUUGUAUAGGCUGGUGAGCACACAUCCAGCUCCAGGACAUGCCGAAGCGAUCUGAAUAUGGGCUCUCCAGCAUGGUUGACCAGUGCAUCUGUCUGAUCUCCUUCCAAAGGCUUCCAAGGCCUGCUGUCUCUUGAGUCAUGAGAUUGUCCUUCUCAAUGUGUUUACAGUUUACAGACUGUUUUUGUCAUUUUU